CUUGGAUUGGGUGCGACAGCCACGUAGAGAGAUUUGAGAAAAAUGUCAGCUUAUCCAGAGCGAAAAAAGAAACGAAAACAAAGGGAAAGCAAAGCUAAAGUAGAAACACAAAAUGCGCAGAGGUUCUAGCCAGGGUAGACGCACGCCCCUGGCGCAUGCCAGCAGCUUCAGCGAGCUGGUAGUGGGGCAAGAGACAACCUCCGAUUCGGAUUGGGAUUCGGAGCUGGAGCUGCCGCGGACGACACUGCUGCUGGUGGAAGCGGGCAAGGCGGCAGCAACUUUAGCGCACCGAGGACAACAGUCGAGCGACACUGACAACAGCUAUGACCGCGAUGAGCCGCUGACCACCAAAGUGGUCAAGGUCUACAAAAAAAGAGCCGCUAAGCCUGUGGGUGGCGCUGUGGACUCGGAUGACUCCUAUGAGGCGCCGCUGUAUACGCGCAGCACAAACAUUUCGCUUGGGGCAAUUAGCGGCGAUACGGAUAUGCCGCUCUCGGAUAGAUCCAGAAUAUUUAGAGACCAUAGCAGCAGUGAAAUCUUUACCAGCCAUGACUCGGACAAUAAGUCUGAUCCGGAUGGUUUUAGCGGCGAGCAGCCGCCUCAGCUGCCGGGCUUUGGUCUCGUCUCUGGCAAUGCCUUUAUCUACAUGGUUAUACCACCAGAUGGUGGCUUUGGCUGGAUUGUGCUGGUGCUGAGCUUCAUAGCGCAGCUCAUUGUGGACGGCAUUAUCUUUUCUGUGGGCAUACUGCUGCCCCAUAUAAGCGCCGAGCUGGAGGUGAGCAAUGCCCAGGUGGUGCUAGUGGGCAGCGUGCAGAUCGGCUGCUAUUUUCUGGGCGGCGCCUUCUCCAGCGCGCUGAUCAACAGCUACGGCUUUCGGCCGGUGGCCAUGUUUGGUGUGGCCAUCUCGGCGCUGGCCAUGCUGGCGGCCAGCUACAGCGUCAACUUGCCCAUGAUGAUAGUGUUCUAUAGCACGAUUGGCGGACCCGGGCUGAGCAUGAUCUGGGUGAGCUCGCAGCUUAUCAUAAGCUACUACUUUGAGCGCUACAGACCAAUUGCAAGUGGGUUUAGCUGCUCCGGCGCAGGCCUGGGCAUCAUAUUCUUUUCCAUGCUCAAUAGCUACUUGGUCACCAAGAUUGGCUGGCGCAAUACGGUGCGAGUUCAGGUGGGCUUUGUGCUGCUUUUGUUCCUUAUAGUGCUGGCCUAUUUGGAAGUGGCGCCCACGCCUGUAGGCGUGGUGCAUCGCAGGGAGCAGCAAUCGGGCUCCAGCUCUGAGGAAUACUAUGGCAACUUCUAUGUGCACAACUUUAUACGCGAAGAUGCCACGUCGCAGAAGUCCAGAGCUAAGCUGGAAACCUACGAGCCAGAGGAGCGCCAAAGACGUUGGACCUGUGCCUCGCCCUGCUGUCGCAAGCGUACGCCCAAGAGCGAGGAGCAGCUGUCGGAUGGGGAGCGCAAUUAUUUAGUGCGUGCCGAUCCCUUGCAGCACGAUGAUCUCUUUUAUACAGGCCCAGCUGACUAUGAUGCACCGCAUAGCAAGGAGCGCUUUGAAGGCAAGGAUCUGGAGCUAAUGGGAUCGCAAAAGCAGAUCCAACGCGCUGCCUACGGCCUGCAUAAGAUACACGACUACAACGACGGUGACUCCGAUGAUGAUGAUAAAGAUGCGCCCGCACAGCCAGCCAAACACAGUGGCUCAGCGCACCAUCUGCAAAAGCGCAGAAGAAAGAAGCAGAAGAAGCGCCACUGGCUGCAUACGAGGAUGGUGCGGGCAUUUAAUCGACUCUUCGAUGUGCACUUGUUCAAAAGCUUUGCGUUUCGUGUGCUGGUCGCCUCGGCAUUUGUCUACCCCAUGGGCUUCAAUAUACCCUUUGUGUACUCCAAGAUGCGCACCACCAUACCGCCCAGCUAUGCGCAGUUUAUAGGUCCGGCGAUUGGUGCGACGAACUUCUUGGCGCGCAUCUCGUGCGGCUUUGUGGCCUACAAACUGACGGGCUGGACGAAUUACAUAUGCGGCGGUGGCAUGGUGCUGGGUGGUGCAGUGGUGCUCAUUAGCGCAUUCUACGGCAGCGAUCUGAUCUGGUUUCAGCUGCUCUACGGCAUGUGCUACGGCGUGGCGCCAGCUGUGUUUGCCACGCUGCGUGCUUUGAUCUAUGUGCGCUACUUGGGCCUGUCGAAGCUAACAAAUGCGUUUGGCAUUACGGCGCUGGCCAUGGGGCUGGGCGUGUUCAUUGGCACUACGCUGGGCGGCAUACUGGUGGACAAAACCGGUGGCUACAUGGUGCCCUUUGCCUUUGCCGGGCUGUGCAUCAUUGUGGCCGGCAGCUUAACCCUCAUCCUGCCCAGUUUGCUCGCCUGUCGACAGCAAUGAGAGUCACA